AAGAGUCCUUGACAGCAGCAGUGCUUCGUGGGCAACAAAGUAACGAGCUUGGCAGCUAGCGAGCUGUCCGAGAUUGUUUAUGUUUUAGCUUCUUUUAACAAUUUUGGUCAGAGUCCAUGGCGUUUUUGGUGCUUCCGAAUAUCAGACUGUAAAUUAUUAAGCGUCGACCCCAGUUUGGACCGUAUUUUGGACGAGCAAGGUGCAUUUGAAUUGGAAAAGCAGGCGCAGCAAGCUGGCGUGAAAGGGUUCAGGACUGGGCUUCGUAGUCCGGCGAGUGUGAGCCACUGAGAGUCUCCCGGCCCGGCCGCAACGCCACAGGGAGCCGGGGCCCGAGAGGGAGCCUGCCAGACGGGUUCAUGCACUCGGACUGUCUCGCCCCAGCUGUUUGAGAUGGGGGAGACCAAGAUUAUCUACCACCUCGACGACCAGGAAACACCGUAUUUGGUGAAAUUGUCUGUGCCGGCGGACAGAGUGACUCUCGCAGACUUCAAAAAUGUCCUCAAGAAACCAAACUACAAGUUCUUCUUUAAAUCCAUGGACGAUGAUUUCGGGGUGGUGAAGGAGGAGAUCUCAGAUGACAACGCCAAGCUGCCCUGUUUUAAUGGACGUGUCGUGUCAUGGCUGGUCUCUGGGGACGGUGCCCAGUCCGACGGGGGCUCUGUGGCCGACAGCACGGAGCAGCCACCCCCUCUGGAGAGAACCAGCGGGAUCGGGGAGUCCAGACCGCCCUCCUACCAUCCUGUUCCGUUGUCCUGCAGUGGGAAGGCGGCGAGUGGCCGGGACAUGCUGGACAACGCCACGGAGACGGGCUCCGUGGUGUCCCAGAGGAGGGAGAGGGAGAAGCCCCGCAAGAAGCACAACAACGACCACGGUGGAAAGAACGGCUUCUCGUUGCGGGGGGUGGGCCGCGGGGGACCCGAGUACGACAGCUGCUCGUCCUUCAUGAGCAGCGAGCUGGAGUCCACUUCCUGCUUCGACUCGGAGGAUGACGACGCCACCAGCAGGUUCAGCAGCUCCACUGAGCAGAGUUCAUCUCGCUUGAUGAGACGGCACCAGCGACGGCGGCGCAAAAAACCCAAGACCUCCAACAUGGACCGGUCGUCCUCGUUCAGCAGCAUCACAGACUCCACCAUGUCCCUCAACAUCAUCACCGUCACACUCAACAUGGAGAAGUACAACUUCCUGGGAAUCAGCAUUGUGGGCCAGAGCAACGAGCGUGGAGACGGGGGGAUCUACAUCGGAUCCAUCAUGAAGGGAGGGGCCGUGGCUGCAGAUGGGCGCAUAGAGCCGGGGGACAUGCUGCUGCAGGUGAACGAAAUCAACUUUGAGAACAUGAGCAACGACGACGCGGUGAGGGUGCUAAGAGACAUUGUGCACAAGCCAGGACCCAUUACCCUGACGGUGGCCAAGUGCUGGGACCCCAACCCUCGCAGCUGCUUCGCUCUGCCCAGAAGCGAGCCCAUCCGGCCCAUUGACCCGGCAGCCUGGGUGUCCCACACUGCAGCCAUGACGGGGGUGUACCCUCCCUAUGGCAUGAGCCCCUCCAUGAGCACCGUCACCUCCACCAGCUCCUCCAUCAGUAGCUCCAUCCCAGAGACCGAACGUUUCGAUGACUUCCACCUGUCCAUCCACACCGAAAUGGCUACUGUUGCUAAGGCGAUGGCGACUCCAGAAUCCGGGCUGGAGGUGCGCGACAGGAUGUGGCUAAAGAUUACCAUCGCCAAUGCCUUUAUUGGUUCCGACGUGGUGGACUGGCUCUUCCACCACGUGGAAGGCUUCUCGGACCGCCGGGAGGCCCGCAAGUACGCCAGCAACCUGCUGAAGGCCGGCUACAUCCGACACACGGUCAACAAGAUCACCUUCUCUGAGCAGUGCUACUACAUCUUUGGGGACGUCUGCGGCAACAUGGCCCACCUGUCCCUCCAUGACCACGACGGCUCCAGCGGCGGGGCGUCCGACCAGGACAUCCUCCAUCCUCUGCCCCACCCUGGAGCGGCCCCCUGGCCCAUGGCCAUGCCCUACCAGUUCCCCAUCACGCACCCCUACAAUCCCCAGUCCCCCCACGACCUGCCCCAGCCCUAUGCCGGGGGCCCUGGCCAAGGCAGUGCCGGGAGCCAGCACAGUGGGAGCAGCGGGUCCAACUGCAGCAAGAACGAGGGCCGCAAGUCCGGGGGCAGCGGCGGCAGCGAGUCGGAGGUCCGCAGCCUCCGGGCCCCAAGCGAGCGCUCCAUGGCGGCCCCUAGCGAGCGCAGCGUCCGCAGCUCCCUCAGCCACCGUAGUGGCCACUCCCACCACUCCCACGCCAUCGCCUACGCCCCCCCCGGGCUAGUCUACGGCCCCCCGGGCCUGCCCCCCCAGCCCCCGCACACGCCCACGGCCGCCCCGGGGGCGCCGCCGGGCCGGGAGCUGGUCAACGUACCGCCGGAGCUCACCGCCUCCCGCCAGUCCCUGCGCAUGGCGGUCGGCAACCCCGGAGAGUACUUUGUCGAUGUCAUGUGAUGACGGUCACAGCCACCCCCGUCCCGUCCCCGCCCCCCCUAUAUCCACAACCCCAUGCGUUGGACAGUUUGUGCUUCCUGUGGGUGACUGGGCAGAUGAGGGUAGGGAGGAGGGAGGGGGGGGGGGGGGGGGUGAGAGCAGCACAGCUGAGAGCAGCACAGCAGCACAACGUCUUCAGAUCCCGUUCUCCCUUUUGAGAUAUGAGUCCAUGUCUGGCUUCAUUGCUGAGAGAAUAAUUUCUUUACUUUCUUUUACCCGCCCGACUUCCUCCCCGUAGCAGUGGCCAUAUUUUUCUUCAGUGAAGAAGACCCCUCCCUCCCCGAUUUCCCCCCCCACCCCAGGAAGAUGAAACCGGCGGACCUCUCUUGGCUUCCUCUCUGAUAGGAGGAAGAGUGCAGUGGAGGAACGGACAGGCGGAGGACAUGACUAGGCGCUUUUCUAACUGAAAUGGUUUAUCGUUUGUUCUUCCCUGGCCGUUUCUCUUGCUCUCCUUAUCGGAGCGCAUGCCUCUGUCCUCUCCUCCCCACAACUUGCCCCCCCCCUCACUCACUAUUUCUCUCCCUCCUUUCUUCCCCUUCUUCAGUCCCCCCUUUUUCUUUGACCUCUAACAACGGAUCACUUGGAAAGAUGAAAAAAAAAAGAAGUGAGAGAAAGCUGAAAUGAACACUGUCAACUUUAUUAAAAAUGUUUUAAUAUGUUUGCCUGACUAAAGAGGGAAAGAAGUUUUAAAAAAAGGAGUAUGUAGAGAAAGAGCAUUGAGGUCCUUCUUUCUGUGUGAAUGCAUUUGUUUUUAUUAUAUACGUAGUCUGCUGCAAAUAGUUUAAUUUUUCAACACUAAACAUAAGCGUCCAGCUUCGAGAGUCAUUUUUUUAAACGACAUAACUACAUUUUCAUCUUUAAUCCAGAGCAUUUUCAGUCUCUGUCUUGUGAUAAUGUAUAGUGGAAACAAAUUCUUACCAUGUCUUUCUCACUACUUUUAUCAAGGAGCAAAUGUCUUUUUAUUUAUAAAUAUAGUUUUAUGACUUAAA